AUCACGUGGUUUGUAUUUUGUAUCGCCUUCGCAAAAACUGCGCGGUACCGUACCUGUCAAACCGUGUGUCAAAACUGCUCCUUUAUGCGUUUAUCUGUUUAUCUGCAGUGUGCACCUGCAGCAGAAGAAUGUGCACUUUCCGGCUGGGCUUGCAGCAUGGGAUGUGACGCAUGAUUACUAAAUUGCAUAUUUGCAAACCUCAAGACUGUCCGAAAGUGCAUGAACAAAUACUGCAAUGGCGAAGAAAGCAUCUAAAAAGAAAGAGCGUGAAAGUACAGUGUUGAAUUACGACGCGCUGGCCGCUAUUUUCCUACAAGGUAAUGCAGCUACUCUGAAAUGGCUUCAGGACCGAGGGCUGCUAGAUGCGGAAAAGUGGUGUAGCCUAUGCGAUGCUCCAGCACGCCUGAUGCCAAAAGGCAAGACCUACGUAUGGGUAUGCAACUCUCGUGGACACAACUGGUCCGAGUCCAUCUCUGCCAACUCCAUCUUUCACAAUUCUCACCUUUCCUUGGACCGCGCCCUAACCCUGACGUACUGGUACUCCCGCGACAUUACCGACAUGCACUUCCUCACAAACGAGUCUGGGAAGCCCAAGGUCAAAGAGACUCGUCACAUCAUCAGCCGAUGGUUGCUGCGACUUCGGAAGGCUGUACGUCUCAGCGUCAAGCGAGACGUCGUGGAGAAAGGAAAAAUUGGUGGCCCCGGCAAAACUGUGGAAAUUGUCAGCCGCAAUCUGAAAGGGACGCGGAUAAUAGGAAUGGUUGAGCGAUUGCCUGGAUGCCAGCUAGGAAGCCAGCGGGGUGGUGAACUGCGUUUGAUCGUCUGUUCCAACGAGCUCGAUAGGAAGACGGUGAUACGCAUCAUCAAGAAAAAUGUUAAACGCGAAACAACAGUGAUCACAGAUCCCUCAAAUGUGUUCACGAGACUGGCCACCUUGGGCGGUCGACCGCAGUUAUGGAAAGCGCAGGAACGCGAGCCGUACUACAAACACGCCGUCGUUAACGCUACAGGUCGAGGAUUUAUUUCGGACGACGACCGUGAAGUGCACACGCAGACGAUAGGGUCGACGUGGAGCGUGAUAAAGAAGGGCAUCGUGAGGAGUGGAUACAGGGAAAGGCAUCUCGACUGUUACCUUGCGGAACAGGUGUGGCGGAGAAAGCUCCGCAGGUCAGACGAGGAUUCAUUCCAAGCGAUGCUGCGAGUGUUGAGGGACAUUCACCGCAGGAUAUUCAGAAAGUCUCCUCCCUGCCAACCUCGUGACGCGAAACCUUCGGUGCUCGAACUGGAGCUGGGCACUAACCCUGCAUGUGUGGUAGUGAAGACUGAGCCCGUUGAUGACUACCCUGACUGUAUAGCUACUCCAGCAUCUACUUGUCCAAGUUUGGACGGUGUUGUAGUUAAACCCGAAGUAAACUGCAAAAUCCCAGAAUACGGCGCAUCAUUAGCGUGUGGAAUUACGCAGGUAGUGUCUCUGGGUGCAAGCAUGCAGCACCUGGCUGCAGGAACAGAUGGAGGGUCACCUGCAGGCCUUGCACCAGACCUGCCCAUACAGACAUCUGCUGGAUACACAACGUCGUUGUCCGCAACACCUCCUACGGGAACAAACGUGCAAUUUCCGAUGCCAGUUGUGCAGCCUUCCGUCAUGCAGUGCCCAGUUCCGACCACAGCUAUGCAGUUGCAGCCAUUUCUUACGAGUGUCCAGCCUCUUACGGUGCCCUUUAACCAGGUUAUGUUGCGGUCAAAAGAAGAGUGGUUCUUUCGAUGCCAGCCGCGGGUGGUUGAGCUACAGCCCCCAUUCAUGCUGUGUUCUGUGGCGCCUCAGAUGCAGCCUUCAAGUAUGCACAGCCCACAUGGUGUGACAUAGUGUGGAGGAACAGUGAUGGAUAGUAUGUCUUUUUAGCAGAGCUUUGUACAGUACACGUUGGAAUUAAAUUUUGCGCAUUUAA